AUGUCUUCUUCCUCCUCUCUCAUCACCUCGCAUGGGGUGGCUCUGGCCACCGCUGUGGCUGUCUCCGGUGCCGUGAUCAUCCUCGCCAUCUGCCGCCAGAAGCCCUUCUCCGCAGCCGUCAACCGCAGCUCCACCCCCCCCUGGUGUCACCCUCGCUCCUGCGUGUCCUCCUCCGAGGGGAGGAAGAGGGAGAGGGCGAACGGGAAGCAGCAGCGGAAGAAGAGGGUCCAGUUCGCGGCGGAAGUGGAGGAGCUCGGCGGGAGUUCCCGCAAUGAGACGGCGGCGGAAGUCCCACGGCCACCACGAGGAGAAAGGCGGGAGGCGCGAGGGAUGCCGGCGAACAGGGUGGCCCUGUACAACGGAAUUCUCAGGGAUCGGGUGAUGCAGCGGACGGCCUGCAGCUACUGA